UUUCGGUUUCAUCAUCACUUCGUCAUUUUUCCAGUUCCCCCUUUCCUCCUCUCUCUCUUCUCCCACUUGCCUUCCCCGAACCUUUUCCUUCCGAGAAUCCGACCUGGUCCAGAUUCUGUUCUCCGUGGACCGGUCCAAUCCCGGUCGAGUUCUUCGUAGAUCAACGACUCACAGUCAUGAAUCCUGAAUAUGAUUAUUUGUUUAAACUUUUGCUGAUUGGUGACUCUGGGGUUGGAAAAUCAUGUCUUCUUCUGAGGUUUGCUGACGAUUCAUAUCUGGACAGCUACAUCAGCACAAUCGGAGUUGAUUUUAAAAUUCGCACUGUGGAGCAGGAUGGAAAGACCAUUAAACUUCAAAUUUGGGACACUGCUGGACAAGAACGUUUUAGGACAAUUACGAGUAGCUACUACCGUGGGGCACAUGGAAUUAUAAUAGUUUAUGAUGUGACGGACCAAGAGAGCUUCAACAAUGUUAAGCAAUGGUUAAAUGAAAUUGACCGUUACGCUAGUGAGAAUGUAAACAAGCUUCUUGUUGGCAACAAGGCUGAUCUGACCGCUAACAAAGUUGUGUCUUACGAAACAGCUAAGGCAUUUGCGGAUGAGAUUGGGAUCCCUUUCAUGGAGACUAGUGCAAAAAAUGCUACCAAUGUGGAGCAGGCUUUCAUGGCAAUGGCUGCUGAAAUCAAGAACAGGAUGGCAAGUCAACCGAUGAACAAUGCAAGGCCGCCAACAGUGCAGAUCCGAGGACAACCCGUCAACCAGAAAUCUGGCUGCUGCUCGUCUUAGUUCGAUGCUGUUGCUGAUCUUCUGUGGCAGGAGUGCAUGUAUCGGCUUCUCGUCAUUCUUCUAGAAACCGCAGGGGACUAUUUGUGCCGCCUUAAACCAUAUAUCACGACUUUGCUUGUCAGUAAUUCCAUUCUUUAUAGUCUGUUAACUGGUAUGUACAAAUGAUGUCUGGUGCUCAGCUACAUUUCAAAUUUAUCUGGUUUCUUCUGUUUAAAAUGACUCGUUGAAUUGUUCAUGUGGAUGCUUAAAGGAAAUCUAUACGUUUCUGAUGUUAUUAUGUA